AGAAGCGUCACAAAGAGAGUACGGAGCAAGAGCUCAAAGGAUACGAGGUCGAAUUGUCCAUGAACGAGGCUUCGAUUCAAACUAUUAAGAGCCUUAAUGGCUGAAAACAAUGACAAUGACAUCAACACUGAUGCUGAUCAAAAUCAAACAACAACUCAAAGCACAAACACAAACUCAAAUACAAAUCAUCAUGAUCCAUCUCUUCCUAACAGCCCAUACUUCAUUGGGGCAAAUGAAAGUUCAGGAGCCCUGCUUGUGACACAAAUGCUGGAUGCAAACAACUACCAUUCCUGGGCAAGGUCAAUAAAGAGGGCCUUGAGAAUCAAAAACAAGCUUGGGUUCAUCGAUGGUAGCCUCUGUGCACCAGCUGAUGCAGAAAAUCCAUUGAUGGAACUCUGGCUUCGUUGUAACGAUAUUGUUAUCAGCUGGCUGCAAAACACCAUGACAGUGGACAUUAAGGCAAGCACGCUCUAUGUGGAGACAGCACACCAACUUUGGGUAGAGAUAGAGCAACGUCUUGCUCAACAAAAUGCCCCCAGAAUAUAUGAAAUCAAACAAGGCAUUGCAGCACUCAUGCAAGGACAUGACACUGCGAGGAUUGCUUUGACUCAGGAUGAGAUAUCAAAAGUUGGAUCUCAACUGGAAGCUCUGAAGAGUGAUGAAAGUUCUGCCCGGUACAGAUUUGCAAUUUCUUUUCAAGAUGGAUUUAUUGGGAAAAUGCUUGAGCUGAAUGGACAGAUAAGGAAAUUUCAAGAGUCAAUAGCCUCCUCUUUCGAUGCAGAGAAAUUCUGUGAAGCAACAUCUAAUGAUGGUUUCUUGAAUGCUCCUGCACAAGAUGCUCAUGAAGCUAGAAUAGAUUUGGAGAAUAAGCUUUCCCAAAUAAUUUCACAGACAAAUGUCGAGGAACAAGAAUACCACAGUGAACAAGUAGUUUAUGAGCAGAUCCAGCAGGACCUAAUUAAUUUGGAAAAGAAAGCACUGUUGUUGGAGGCAAUGAAGAAAGAAAGUUUGGAGUUGCAGGAGUUGAGUGGGCAGACAUCUGAAUUGGAAGAGAAGUGCGCUUCCCAUAGUGACGAGCUGCAUAAGAGGUUUAUAUGUCCCUGUUGUCAUCGAGAUAAUUCAGAGGAACUGAGUGGCAUUCUUCAGAUGAGUGAUGGAAAUGAGCAUCUGACAAGUAGCUAAAUUCAAGGAUCAUCAUUUUUAUCUGGUUAACUUGGCUCGGUUUAUUAGAAUGCUUAGAAUGUUCUAUAGAGAUACUUGAAACUUCAUAUGCUAUGGCAGCUACAUGUCACUUUUUUGAGGCUAUAUGUAAUCAGACAAAAGAUCAUCUUGAGCAGGUGAGGCGCACUAACUGUUGCUCUUCUUAGGUAUCUUCGAUUGUUUUGAUAUUUCAAUGGCCAUGGAAUUUGUGGAAUA